UGUGGCGCUGUGCCUGCAGCAGGCGAUCUAGCAUUCUAGGUGCAUCUGAAUGGACGAAUGAGGAAGAUAAGCUGCUAUCCAGCUUGAAGACGGCAUGUUGUGGUUAGAGGAGAUCCUGGUAGUCCAGACAAACUGCCAAGCCACCUCCAUGUCAGCAAUACUUCAAGUACUACUGCCAAUAGCGACAGAGGCGGCGCGGCAGCAGUCUCUGACUGAGCCAGGGACGUAGCUGGAUCGCUCGAGUCGACGGAGACAAAAGGAGACUCGGACUGAGAUCCUAGGUGGCGAACGCUCGGGCUUCCAUUCUUUACUCGUACGCAGGGUUUCGGUAGUCCUGUCGUCGAGAAACUCGGAGCGAGCCUGUUGGAGAUUAUCAUCCUCUCGGACAGUCUGCAACUCGCCAUCUCUCAUCGCCCGGUGAAGGGCUGGCCUUUCUUCCAUCGUUUGCGAGAACGUGUCAUCAACUGACGAAGACAAAGAACAGGACGGGUUUCUUGCACGAGUGUAGUGGCGGUGUGUGGCAGCAACAAUCGCCAUGAUGGUGUUGUCACUACACGCCAGUGUUCUGCUGUUACUCGUGGGCGCUAGCAGGGUAGUACUGGGUGCCAAAUACCAGAACACGGACCUGGAUCCCAGCGAGUGUCAGCCACGCUGCGAGAACGGAGGGACGUGCUACCAGAGUCAUUUGUACGUGGGCAUUGGCUUCUGCAGAUGCCCACCUGGGUACGAGGGUACUCUGUGCACGGAGCAAGUGGCCCACCGCCCCACGCCCGCUGCACCUACACAGGUGCCGCCGCAGGAGCCAUUGGCGCCGAAGAUCGGCAACAGCCGGUGCAGGGGAGAUCACGACUGCUUGAACGGCGGCUCCUGCUUCGACGGCUUCUGUUUCUGCACCCAGUUCUACACGGGCGUCAACUGCCAGCUUUCACAGGAGCGCGAUCCGGCAACGGAGGCGCCGCCACCGGUGGCAACAACACGUCCAGCUCAUCGCCAGUGUCCGGCAUACUGUGUGCACGGCCACUGUGACACGACACUGGGCAAGUGUGACUGCCAGCCGGGAUACGUGGGGCAGCGGUGCGAAACGCGCUCCGGCGGGUGCAGAUACUCUCUGCACACGUUUGCGCUGAGCUGCUCGUGCCUCGUCGGCUACGGCGGUCGCUACUGCCACGAGCGUGUCACCUGUCCCGCCCUGGCCACUGUCAUCACGUAUGGUAGUGUUACGCUCAGCAACGGUGCCGGUUCCCAAGGUGAAGCUCAGCCGUACGGCACCGUGGCACGUUACUCUUGCGACGCGGGUUACAUUCUCAGCGGCGACGCGACACGCACGUGCCAGAACGAUGGCAGCUGGAGUGGCGCCGCUAUGCCGCGGUGCGUUCCCGCUCCGACCACACAGCCGCCGCGUCCAGCAUGCUACGGCCAGUGCGUCAGAGGCAGGUGUGAUGACGCCACCGGAAAGUGCCGCUGUCCAGCCGGUUACCACGGCGAUCGCUGCAAUCAACAGUCGGGCAGUUGCCACUACACGGUGUUUGGUGUCCGCUGCACGUGUUACCCGGGCUACACUGGUCAGUAUUGCCAGGACAAGGCCGUAGUGAAGUGUGUCGGCCUGUCCGCAAACCUGCAAUACGGACGCGUUACCUUCAGUCAAGCGGCCGCGCAGGGAAGAUACCGGCAAGGCACCAGCGUCCGGUACUCCUGUGGCAAGGGCUACGUCCUCAGCGGCAGUUCAUCUCGCUUCUGCUCCCGCAAUGGACAAUGGAACGGUACAUCGCCGAUGUGCUCGCCGGUCCAGUGCAACUACUUGCCGUCUUCCCUGGUCUAUGGCCGCGUCACGUUCACUAUGCCAGUAGUCCAGGGCAGAUACCCAUACAGCACUAUGGUCAGCUACUCGUGUGGCAAGGGAUACGUUCUGGCGGGAAGCCCUCGGCGACACUGCGGUCAUGAUGGCCAGUGGAACGGCACGUCCGCCUCGUGUUCGCCGGUGAAGUGCGGGUACUUGCCGACAAUGCUGCAGUACGGUCGCGUUGAGUUCAGCCAAGCGCCGCACAAUCGUGCGUAUCCGUACCAAGCCUGGGCGAAGUACUCCUGCGGCAAAGGCUACGUUCUCCGAGGCAACAGUCACCGUUAUUGCUCGCAGGACGGCAGUUGGAACGGCAGCACACCUUCCUGCUUUGCCGCCAGCUGCAAAGCACUUCCGAAUGUGCUGCGCUACGGUACGAUUGUGUUCAGCAAUGCUCCAGUCAAGGGGCUGUACCGGUACAUGACCAAGGCCACGCACUCGUGUAGCAACGGCUUUAUUCUGCAGGGCAACGCUAAGCGCUACUGCCUGGACAAUGGGAACUGGAAUGGCACGAUGCCCGCCUGUGUACCUCAUCGUCCUCAGCCGCAGAUGUGCACUGCCCUCAGCGCACCGGCACACGGAAGCGUUCAGUCCAACCAGUAUGCCAUUACGGUCCUGACGGUGUUCAGCUGUGACGCUGGCUAUCGCCUGUCUGGCAGUGUUGCACGCAUCUGUCUGCCAUCCGGCCAAUGGUCAGGUACCGACACCGUGUGCACUGCAGUGCUGUGCCCAGCCCCCGGCAGGAUACAGAACGGUCAGAUCAGCGGAUAUCAACGCUCGGUGGGCAGCGUGAUCACGUACACGUGCCGGCAGGGUUAUUUACUAAUGGGUGCUGCGGAAAUCCGGUGCCUGAUGGACGGCCAGUGGAGCAGCAGAGCUCCGGUGUGCGUGCCACAAACCACCCAGAUUCAACAGUGCUGUGCUCUGGACAUCGUGCCCAAUGCCAUUAUCAGCAGAGGUCAGGGGCUGAGGUACAUUGGAGCACGCGUCCUGUACCGAUGCCGUCCCGGCUUCCAGCUUCAGUCCGGCACGCUGGGACGUUUCUGUCAGGCCAGCGGCGUUUGGUCAGGCUCUCCACCGCAGUGCGUUCCUGAGAUCAGCUGCCCAGAUCCGGGUACGGUGGCCAAUGCCCAGCGCAGCGUGUCCGAUCCACAGUACACUGUCGGCAGCACAGUCAGCUUCAUGUGCAAUGCAGGCUACACGCUGACGGGUGCCAAUCGUCUGGUCUGUACUCAGUCGGGUCAGUGGUCCAGCCCGCUGCCCGUGUGUGCAAGCAAGGUGACGUGCGACGGGCGCUUCGUAGCCGGGCAGCAGGUCUACAUUAGCCCAGGCAGGAACCAGCCAAAGGCGGCCGACUUCAUUGUCGUCGUGGAGGAGAGCCAUGACCUGGCGCUGGAGUACAGCUCCCUGGAGCAGGCCAUUGCAAACAUCGAAGCCAACCUAACGAGCAUGGGCGUAGGCACUACCAGUGCCCUACGUAAUCAAUACACGUUAGUGGGCUACGGUCAGUCAGAGGCAUCCGGAAGGAGUUGUGUCAACCGACUGCUCCGGGCAUCCAACGGCAAGACCACGUUCCCCGCCGAGUUCUUCCCGUCUGCCGCAUUCGGCCUGAUUCCGGAUCGGUGGAGGGCGGCCAGUCGAGACGCCUACUCGGCAAUCGCGUAUGGCCUGACAAUGGCAGAUCUGCGCUACGGGCCCAACAUUGCCCACAACCUGAUCUUGUUGACGUCGUCUGAUCGUGGUGUUCCAUGUCCACCCGGGAUUAGCCGUAAUGCCACCGCCCAGGCUCUUCAGGCCAACGGAUUCCUGGCCAACUUCAUUGUGAACCAGCAGCUGCUAGCCGGGUACGACAAGGAAGAAGACGUCUUUGCCAUCCGCCGCAGCCAUAGCGAUGGCUCCGUUUCCGCUGUUCUCCGCAACAAGAAGUCCAACCUGCGCAAGGUCACGGAUGUGUACGUCAACUUCACGCGCAACUCAACGGACAACACAAAUGAGGACUACACCCAGCUGGCGCUGGAGAACGGCGGCAUCGUCUGGAACCUCAACAUGCUCAAGACGGGCAGCAUCAACGUUGAGAACUCGUUCAAGUUCGCCUUCCGCACGGUCAAGUCCAGCGAGGUUUACCUCCAGGCCCACUCCUGCAAGACCUGCACGUGUCUGGAGUCAGGUAACAUGCAAUGUCAGCUGGUAGCGGACCAAGAUGAAUGCCUGGACAGAUGUGUACUGCAGCAGUCUCCCAUUGUUCCGGCCAAUGACUGCUCCAUGAUCCCUCACGGCGACCGCAUGUGCAUUGGCGAUUCUAUCUGCAACUUCUAGUCAUGCUUAAAACGAGACGUUCAAUCGAAAGUAGCACCUGGAUUUAGCCAUACUGGUGAUUGUCGGACUCUUUUAUCUCGACUUACUCUGGGCAUUUGCAUGCCUUCUCCUCUGACCACGUACUCAUGAUUGAGUCAGAAUUUCUGCUGAUUGAUGAUAUCUUGGCUGAUAGUCAUUACCACGUUCUUUUCUGCCUUGAUAAAGUGAGUUCAUAACUUAUGUAGCUCAGUGCCAGCUAUCCCAUGAUGAUGCAUGCAAGUCAGUCUCUUCAAAAUCUACUUGUACUCCUGAUAUCAACUAUGAUGAUUUUCCAGCUCUGUCCAGGGUGUCUGGGAACUUAUGUGCGGGCAUGAUGCGCUUUGUAUAAUAGUGCUGUUUCCACAACAAUGGUUCAUUUUAGGUUGUGUGAGAAGAGACAUAUUUCUCGCAUGGAUGAGUUGCUUUGCAUCCUCUAGCUUCACACGGCAUUGGCUCUUCCUCUUUCUGUCCUAUAGAAGUUGUAACUUGCUCCGCGGGGGAAAUCCCUUCCGUUGCUUCUCUGUGCCAGUGCAA